GGCUGGGGGUGGAGACAAAGCUAGUUUACUGGCAACUCUCAAAAGAAAAGUUUCUGAUGGCAGCUGGAUAGCUGCAACGUCAGAGAUAACAGACACAGAAAAAGCAAGAGGGAAGAUGAAUCAAUGUGAGCAGCAGGAUGAAGUCCCAGCAUACCUCAAAGAUGAGCCUCCAGCAGACAGCAACAAGGAUCACCCCGUGCCACAGCCAGGCAUGUUCUCCAGAGUGACCGGAGGCCUCUUCAGUGUCACUAAAGGUGCCGUGGGAGCCACUGUGGGCGGGGUGGCCUGGAUAGGAGGGAAGAGCUUCGACCUGACCAAGACCGCUGUCACCUCGGUGGCCGCUGUACCCGGCAUCGGGGUGGGGCUGGUGAAAGGAGGGGUGUGUGCUGUAGCCGGAGGCGUGUCCGCAGUAGGCUCAGCGGUGGCCAGUAAAGUUCCUAUUGGAGGGGGCAAGAAAAAGGACAAGUCUGAUUGAGGAGGGGCGGACGGCGGUGCCAUUUUGGGGCUCGUGCAUGUCGUGUCUGGUCCGCCUACAGUCUGGAGGGCUACGGCGGAAUCCAACAAUGUUGUGUGUAUUAACUUUUUGUGGAGGGCUCUACGCUCUGAUCCGCGAGUGUCUAUGGACCACUCCCAAAUUAUGUGGCCUGGCCACUGAGGGGGAGAUUAAAUAAGGGUUUUUCUGCUCAGCAGUGCAGGGGCCACCCCACCCGUCUUUGUCUGUGAUAUAAACCAGUGCCUCAAACUGUUGAAAUAUGAAA